AUGUUUUUGGUGCUCAUGAACUUGAAGUUGUUGAACAUUAUGUAAUUUAAAAAAAAAAGAAAUAAGGCGAGACAAGAUCGCUGUGUCUGUUACUUCAUCAUUGCAUUUAUUGACUGAUUUGCGGUUGUCAGUAUCCGGCCAUGGUUUUACUCGCUGCAUUCAUCAAACAGACAGCAUCGAAGACGCUCGGUGCCGGGAUCAGGACGAAUUCUAGUAUUUUUGGAGUCUUGCAAGUGUGUAGUUUCGCUACUAAAAAAGCUGAAAAAAUGGGCUUGCCGCGUUGUUUUUUCGAUUUGAGCGCUGACAACCAGCCGCUCGGACGCAUCAUCAUUGAGCUACGCACAGAUGUAACUCCAAAAACAUGUGAAAACUUCCGCGCUCUCUGCACCGGAGAGAAGGGCUUCGGCUACAAGGGUUCCACCUUCCACCGUGUGAUUCCGAACUUUAUGUGCCAGGGUGGCGACUUCCAGAACCAUAAUGGAACCGGAGGCAAGUCCAUCUACGGAAACAAGUUCGAGGAUGAGAACUUCAUCCUGAAGCACACCGGACCUGGUAUCAUGUCGAUGGCCAACGCCGGACCCAACACCAACGGAUCCCAGUUCUUCAUAACCACCGUGAAGACCUCCUGGCUGGACGACCGUCACGUUGUCUUUGGCGCCAUCGUCGAGGGCAUGGAUGUGGUCCGAAAAGUCGAAUCUUAUGGCAACCAGUCCGGAAAAACCUCCAAGCAAAUCGUUGUUUCCAACUGUGGCCAGCUGUAAAUUGUUUCUCAUUUGAUUCCGUUUUUUUCGCUCUAAAUUAUUUUUACUCUUUCAACAUAAAACAAUCAACAUUCGAUUUUUCAAUCCUUGCUAUGGAUAAAAUAAGAAGAACUCAAUGGCUUACCACACAUAUAAAGUGACAUCCGUACAAUCUAAUGCAUUUCUUUCUUGUACCCAAUUAAAAAUAACAAUGGAUUAAAAGAAAAACUGUAUUUGUCAGCUAAUGAGAAAGAGAAACCAUUCGUUCCAAAAAUAAAACCAGAGCCUGCGAAUUCUUUCGUAGUUUCUCCUUCUUUUUAAACAUA